UAUAAUUUUUGUAUCCAUACUUCAGAGAAGGAAAAUAUAUUAAUAUUAGCUGGGUAUACAAUUUUAGUUUCGUUCACUAAUAUUUAUUAAAUAUUACACUAUUUUGAAAUACUUACAAUGAGCGGUUGUGUAAAGCGUUACUUUUGUCCCAAUAAGCCCAUUAAGACUUCAGGAUGUCGUUCUACUUUCUACUAUCCCAAUGGAGGCUCCUAUUCAGGCUACUGGCUGAACAACAAGAAUCAUGGCUGGGGAGUCAAGGUGACUGCAGAACGUCAAUCAAGUGACUUUGCGGGAAAGAAAGAACCGGAUGGGCAGCUCAUCUAUAAGGGCUUAUGGAAUCACGGGAAACGUGAUGGUUGUGGAUCGAUGAUACGUAAGCGCGGGACGGAUUUGCAGACGAUCUACACAGGUAAAUGGAUGGAUGAUAUGAAGCACGGUAUGGGCAAGCAUUUCUAUCCGGAUGGUUGUGUCUACUUUGGGGAAUGGGAGAGGAAUCGUCGUCAUGGCUUGGGCAUACAGUGGCAUGCAGAUGGCAGCAUCUAUCUGGGUGAGUGGGAGACUGGCUUCAAGCAUGGACUGGGAGUGCUGUUCUACGCCAAUGGCAAUCGCUACGAGGGACACUUUGCCCGUGGCUUUAAGAAUGGCGAAGGCGUCUUCUAUCAUAUGCACACUGGACAGAUUCAGAAGGGAAUGUGGCAGAAUGAUAAUGCACGUGUUUCGCUUAUGCAAGAUGCCCCACAAAUUAGACGAAACGAUGCUGUCACGCCCCUUCCCAUUCCUCGCAAUUGUCUGAGGUACCCCAACCAAAUCAUACGCGAUCUCUUUAAACGAUUUAGGCCACACGGUGAUAAACCUCAUCGUCGCUUUAAUGAUAUGGUUAGCCUUGAGUUCAUUCACCGACAGCGACAAUUUGCAUCCUUUGAGGAACGUUUUUCGAGUCCAUCUGGCAUAGAUAUAUAUCCUAACUCCGGUUUUGUUUGCACCUGUGAUUGCAAAGUGUAUUGAAAAUCAGUUUUAAAUUGUACGUUUAUUGUGUGAAAAAGUCCAGUAAACCUUAAAAGCUUAGCUAAAAAAUUGAAAA